CUUCCAGGGCUUGGCCACUCCCAGUAUCCAGAACCGCCCACCCCCCCGCCACCCCCAACUGAUUAGGAGGCAGGCAGGAGACUCUUUGCGGGGGCUGUGCUGGUGGGCGGUUUUCCCAGAACAAGGAGCAAAGCAGGACUGAGCUGGCGCCAGCUCCCUCAGAUAUGGACACUGCUGGCUGGUUGGCCAGCCUGCCCCAGCCAGCUUGAGCCAAGGGCUCCCUCAGACUCUGUGCUCCUGCCCUGGGGACUGCGGCACCACACCCCAGGCGUGGGGCGUGUUGCAGAGACAGGCCAGAGGGAGACAAGCCAUGCCCGGAGUGGGGCAGAACCUGGCGAGGGCCAAGCUGCGGUUGCUAGCAGGCGGCGGCGACGGGAAGAGGAGCCGCCUGAGCAGGACAAGGCAGGCCACAUGGGAAGAGAUGAGCUGGAGCAACCAAAGGCGGAGCAGAGCUGCCCCUGGCCCCAGCAGGGCCGGGCCCGAAAGCCUGGCCCGUGGCAGGAGUGAGGCCAGUCCUGAGAACGCCGCGCGCGAGCGGAGCCGCGUGAGGACCCUGCGCCAGGCCUUCCUGGCCCUGCAGGCUGCUCUGCCUGCUGUGCCGCCUGACACCAAGCUCUCCAAGUUGGACGUGCUGGUGCUGGCCACCAGCUACAUAGCCCACCUCACCCGCACGCUUGGCCACGAACUGCCUGGCCCCGCCCGGCCACCUUUCCUGCGUGGACUUCGCUACUUGCACCCUCUCAAGAAGUGGCCGAUGCGAUCUCGUCUCUAUGCCGGAGGCCUGGGCUCUGGUCUGGACUCCGCCACAGCCACCACCUCAGGCCAAAGAAUGAAGGAGGCAGAGGCUGGGCCCCGAGUCUCUGGAGACGCUGACGCUCUCCUUCCCACCAGGCCACCCUCAUCAGCUUUUGAUGACAAAUGACCCUCACAAUCACCCAUUUGUCCUAGACUGCAGCUCAAGCUUAGGGACCUGGAUGCUCCCCAGGCCCUGCCUGUCUUCUCUUGGACUCACCCAUCCAAUCUGACACGGGCUCCAACACGCAGACCAGGCAAAGCGGUGGGCACCUUUGUGAUACAGAGUCCUCAGGAGCUCCUGGGAGCAAAUCUUCAUCCCUGCACCCAGGGGCUGACACCCUGGUUGCUCUUCUGUGGCAGCUACAAGAGGAAAGGGUUUGAUAAGGUUGGAAGCUGGGUUAGGGCUCUGCCCCUUGCUUUUCUCCCCUAAGGUUCCAGCAAACAUUGCUGCACAGGUGCAGAGGUAGGGGCCUAGGGUAGCAGCCACCAUGGGUGCUGAUGGGAAAGGUAAAGGCCAGACAGGCCUCAGCAGCUGUGAGUGUGAACCGAGCUGGGUGGGGUCACAUAGGCAGAGGGGAGACUGAGAAAGGGAACAUGCUUUGUUACUGUGCCACAAGAUGCUUCCCCAAAGACAAGGAGGAAUUUAGGAUUCUUGUCUCUGCACUACAGUCUUCCCAGCUGCCCCUCAUCACCAUAUUUCCCUCUCUCUGGGUCCAGCAGUCCUCCACUCUUUUCUUGAAAUUAGUUAUAUUUACAGGUUAAGCCAUAAAGCUUACAUUGCUUACAUUCCAGCUUCCGGAGAAACUUUCAGAGAGUCCCAGCUGCCUAGUUUGAGAUGAUCUUAUGCUAGAGGCAGGUCGACCUGAACUGAACCAGACAGCACCUUAAGGCCUUGCAUAUAAAGGAUAUUGGUAGACCCUAUUACAUCCUUGAAGGACUAUAGAAGGAGAAUGUAUAUCUUUUUACAGGAGAUGAUAAUUAGUCUCUUCUUUCCAUUAUGUUAGAAACCUAACCUCCAGGAAAAACAAGAUAGGCCUGGGUUCUGUGGGUUCCUUGUAUGAUUUUAGCCUACAGCCUUACUGGCUCUGCAAUUAUUUCUACGAUUUGUCUACAAAUGAGCUCCUAGGGCCAGCUCCUUCCCACAGGCACAGGCCUCCCAGAUGCUCCCUAAGUCCUGCCAUGGGGUGCCAGAAACCUGAUAGAGUUUGGGUGGAAUCUGUCUAUGAAGAAAUAAUUUGAGGAUUAAUUAGGUAUAGAUUCUCUGCACCUACUGAAGUAAUUUUCCAGAUCAGAUUUAGCUUCAAACCAAGUACUUGAAGUCCAGACAGAUAAGAAACCAUCUUUUUGUUAAACUUCAGGGUCUCAGAGCAGAAGGGGAUGGGCCAGGCUGCCUACAGUCCCAACAGGGGUAGCCUUAGAGCCACCAUUGCUGUCAUGAAAAUAAAUGAGGUUCUGGGCAGGCUGUGAGUGCUGGGGGUCUGGUUCCUCCACAGGGGUGUCCAAGGAAGCAAGAAGAGGGGGCUAAGGGGGUGACUCAGCAAGCUGGGGUGGAGGCACAGAACGUCCCAGUCAUGGCUGCAUCCAUGGAUGUGGGAGAGCAGCUGGACUGUGGCUGGGAGCCAUGGGGAGAAGGCCUCAGCCAAGGCUGAACUCAUAAAUCUACCAAGUCUGUGCUGAGGGGCCUGGAGAGUUUGUGCAGAGCUGCUCUGGGCAGCUGGACGGGGCCAGGCAGGGGCAGAGACCAGGUGUGGGUGGCCAUGUGCACAGUGUUCUUCACAAGACCAUAAAAGUCCAGCUGGAAUGUUCUAUUUUUAAAGCCAAAUAACAGUGUAUUCCGGGAUGAGUUCAAUGGUGGUAGGAAGAGGAGCAGAUAAUUUCCUCCCGAGCUGGUGGCACACUAUCUUUUUCUACAGCUGGAACUGGGAAAUCUGGCUUUGGGUAUGCACUGGGGAUUCCCCAUAGCAUGGGACUUCUCCGGAUAACCGAGGAGACUUUGAUUUGGAGCCUGCCCCACCCCACCCUCAGACUGCAGCCUUUUUCUAGCCUUUUAAUAUAGACCCCACAGGGCUGGCCACUUUAUGCCAGUAGAGGAGACAAGGGGGGCAAAAGUAGAAUGAAGCUGGUAGAGAGCUGGGGAAGGACAAGUACCAUGAUUAUGAGUUUCUACAGCUGCCUCAGGCUCUGCCCAGGCAAAGCUAUUUCCUUAGUGCCCAGGACAGGCCUGUGGGGUCCAGAACCUGUGAUCCUCAGCCAGAAAACACCCCUAACAGUCAGGCCAGGGAGCAAAGGGUUGAGAGAAGGCAGGUAGAGCCAAACAAAGGCAGAGGAAAUGUCAGGUUGGAGACUUGUAGCCACAAAUGAACCAGAACCAGGAGUAAUCCCCCUUCGCCUUCGCAGCAGAGGAAGAAAAACACCUGCUCACUGGGAGAUUUUUUAUUCUCACCAGGGCUAGGGGACAUGGGGUGGAUGAGAGCAUUUGGACACAACUGAGAUUCAUGUUCAAAGACUGCUUUUGUUUCCUGGGAAUAGGGGCUCCAAAAGGGUACAGGAGCACAGAUGACAAAAUGACACUAAGGUGCCUUCUGAUGAGCAGCUGGAUUGAAGGCAGAGGCUUAGAUGGGCUGUGGGAGGAGCAGUACUGCGAAAGGAACAUCUAAGUGAUAAGGUGGAGACUGCAGAUUUAGCAAAUUGGGAACUAGAGUAAUCAGAAAUAGAAGAUCUAGCCUUCUCCGGAAAUUUCUUUUUUUACUCCUCUACCUAGGAUGUCAGAUGGCAUUGCCCUCUCUCUUCUGUGGCACCAGCCCUAAACCCAGGUCCCCUGCAAGCCUGGUAUUCUAGAUCAGAGGUUGGGAAGCUGUGACCAGUGGGCCAAAUCCAGCACUCCCACCCUCACUAUUUUUGAAAAUAAAUUUUUAUCGGAAUACAGUUGCACCCAUUUGUUACAUAUCACCUAUGGCUGCUUUCCUGAUACCACAGCUGAAUAGAAUAGCUGCAACAGACUGUAAAGCCUUUACAGAAAGUUUGCUCUAGAUCAGAAGUAUUCAAAGUGUGGUCUCAGAUGCAACUCGAGAUCAAAAAAGUAAAUGAUCUGAUUUAAAAGUGGGCAGAGGACCUAGUUAGACAUUUUCCAAAGAAGACAUUCAGAGGGCCAACAGACGCAUGAAAAGAUGCUCAACGUCACUAUUCAUCAGAGAAAUGCAAAUUAAAACCACAAUGAGGUAUCACCUCACACCAGUCAGAAUGGUUAGUAUCAAAAAGACAAGAAAUAACAAGUGUUGGGGAGGAUGUGGAGGAAAAGGAGACCUCCUACAUUGUUGUUGGUGUACAAUGUAAUUUGGUACAGCCACUAUGGAAAACAGUAUGAAAUUUCCUCAAAAAAAAAAUUAAAAAACAGAAAUACCAUAUCAUCUAGCAAUUCCACUUCUGGGUAUUUACC